AUGUUCAUAUCAUUUAUUGUGUUUACAACCAUUAAGAAAUGGUUCAAGGGUGGUGUGUGUAGGAGCAAGACAAGGAUGGAUGGCAAAACAGUGCUGAUAACUGGUGGCAAUUCUGGUAUUGGAAAAGAAACCGCAAGGGAUAUUGCUAAACGCGGUGCGCGACUAAUUUUGGCAAGUAGAGAUGUUGAAAAGACUAAAAGGAUUGCUACGGAAAUAACACGCGAAAGUGGCAAUGAAAAUAUUGUUGUGAAGAGGUUGGAUCUAGGUUCUCUGCAGUCAGUGAGGAACUUUGCAGCAGAAAUCAUCAGAGAGGAAUCCCAUUUGGACGUAUUGAUCAACAAUGCUGGUGUGAUGUGCUGCCCGUACUCAAAGACGGAAGAAGGAUUUGAAAUGCACUUUGGAGUUAAUCACCUAGGACACUUUUUGUUAACCCACCUGUUGUUGGAUCUGUUGAAGAAGUCCGCUCCAAGUCGGAUUGUCGUAUUGUCUUCACUUGUACACAUAUUAAUGUUUGGGAUACACUUUGACGAUAUCAACAGUGAAAAAAGUUACAACAGCUGGAUUGCCUAUUGCCACAGUAAACUAGCAAACUUAAUGUUUACUCGAGAAUUGGCUAAGAAGUUAAAAGGUACAGGGGUAACUGUUAACGCAGUCCAUCCUGGGAUUGUUGUAACAGAGCUGACGAGAUAUCUGAAUGUCCUGGUGAAGUAUUUUGUUAUUCUUUCACUGCUCCCCAUAUUGAAAAACGAACGCGACGGAGCACAGACUUCAAUUCAUUGCGCUGUUGCCGACGAAUUAGAAAAUGUGUCCGGAUUGUACUUCAGUGACUGUGCACCCAAGAAACCAACACGUGUAGCACGAGAUGAUGAAGCCGCAAAGAGACUUUGGGAACUUAGUGAAAGGAUGGUUGGGUUGAAAGAAUAA